UAUAAGUUAGAGUUUACAUAUUUUUUUUGUUUAUCGUUUAAUGACACGCGUAUCUAGUUGUGACGUCAUAAUCAUUUGAUUCUGCGGCUUAUUGACUAGUUUCAAUCAUAACCGGUUCUAGUUAAAAUAAAGACGUUAGCAUAAAAGAUUUUCUAAUAUUUUUUUUAUUCGGGGAGUAAUAAUAAUAAUAUUUUUUGUGUGUGUAAGUUAGGAAGGACCCUCACAGAUUAUCAACUAAUUAAAUUAAUUAAUUCUAAAUAAACAUCAAAAAUUUAAUUUAGAUUCUCAUAGUAUUAUUUUUAUUUAAAGUGAUCCCGUUUAGUUGUCGUCUUCUAUCGAAAAUGUUAGUAAGUGUGAAUUUUUUGAAAAUGAACAAAACUACAGUUAGGAGCCUCUACGACGCACGGUCCGUAUUGGUUUUGAUAAAUAGAAAGUAUAGCCAGAAACAAGACGAUUUCUUUAAGUUCUACAGUGACAAUGGUGCUUUCUAUGGUAACCAUGAACCAUUGACUGAACAAGAUUAUAACAGAUUCUUCAGCAAACGAUCUUUGAGGAGAGAACCAGCGCUGACUAGAGAAAUGACUAAGCUAGCCUACAAGGUGGGGAAGGAUGUGAUCUCUCUAGCAGAGGGAAUGCCCAACGAAGGCGUAUUUCCUUUCACCAGAAUAGACAUAGAGUUGAAGGGGGGAGGACGUCUCAUCACCGAGGGGAAGGAGCUGUCCGCCGCGCUGCAGUACAUACCGUCGCAGGGUAUGCCAUCCUUACUGUCGGAGCUUCGCACGUUCCAACAAGACUUGCAUAGGCCGCCACCACUACCGCAGCCACGUGACGUCAUCGUCACCAACGGAGGCCAACACGGGAUAUACCAGUGCUUUGAUCUGCUACUUGAAGAAGGAGACCCGAUUAUAGCCACCGAGUACACUUACACGGGAGCUUAUGUUGCGCUCAAGCCGUACAGACCGGAGAUCAUCGGCAUUCCAGAAGACGAGAACGGAAUGAUCCCAGAGACACUGGAGUUGGUGCUCACCGAUCGUUUAUCCCGUGGGAUGAAAAUGCCCAAGAUGCUGUACGUCAUCCCGACUGGCAGCAAUCCCUCGGGAACCGUGUUACCUGAAGACAGGAGAAGAAAGAUAUACGAGCUGGCGUGCAGGUUCAACUUCCUGAUUAUUGAAGAUGACCCGUAUGUGUUCCUGAAUUAUAAUGAGACAAACGUCCCCACAUUCCUCUCUCUCGACACUUGCGGUCGAGUGAUCCGCAUAGAUUCCCUAUCGAAGGUGGUCAGCGCUGGGUUACGGGCGGGAUGGGUGACCGCCCCGAAGGUCGUGCAGCAGAAACUGGAGCUGCACAUGCAGACGGAACUGCUUCACAGCUGCACGCUGUCACAGAUGAUCCUACAUCACAUAAUUAGCCACCGGGAUUCUUUAGCCUCACACCUCAAAGCCGGCCGCGAUCUCUAUCGGCGACGUCGCGAUGCUUUAUCCAUAGCUGUGCAGGGGGUCACAGACCUGGCCGACUGGAGUUUGCCUCAAGCAGGCUUGUUCUUCUGGCUCCGAGUGAGGGGCGUGGAGGAUAUCUACAAUAUGGUAUUCCGUACAGCAUUCCAGCGUGGAUUAAUGGUAGUGCCAGGUCAAGCUUUUUCGUAUGAUACAUCAGCCCCUUGCCAAUAUGUAAGACUGACGUUUAGUAGAAUUAGUUACGAAGACAUGGACAUUGCAGUACGCCAUCUAGCGGAUAUUAUAAAAGAGGAACAGCAGUUAACUUUGCAGAAUCAACCGCAACGAUUAGCUACUGAACGCUAGAUGACGCUAAGUGUAUAAGUUACUAAGAAAUGUAAAUAUUUUCAAAUGUUAUUCUAUUUUUAUUUUAUCUAAGUAUUAUACGAAAAAACAGCUUGGAAUGAAUCAAGUAAAACUUGAAAAAGUGUCACAGCAACUAUUAAUAUUAUAAGAAAAAAUAAAUACGUUUUCUAUUUAACAACAGAUGUCGCUAGUUGUCAGCAAUUUUUUAAUUUAAGCCACUACAAUUAAUGGUUCUGUUUGGUUUGUGGUAGGAAAAUUAUGGUAAUGAAUAGAUUAUAAUUUAUGUUUUGUAAAAUAUAUACUAUAGGUUUAAAUUUUGUACAAAAGCUUAAAUUUAAGGGUUGAAAAAUUAGAAAAGUUCUUUCAUUUAAUUAACUAGGUAGAGACGUAAUAAGUUUAUUCAAGGUGAUAUUGGACUAAGUAAGAUCAAGCAAUCUCUAUUGCUGAUUGCAUUAUCUGAUUGCAUUGCUGAUUGGUACUCUUACCACUAACUUUGUUGUUAUAUCGCUUACAAUAAUAUAAGUAGUAAAUACAGUAUCUUUACUAUUAUUUUUUGUAAAAAACAGCAGAUGAAUGUGAGAAUUGAGUUAAGAGAUUGCUUAAUUUUCUUUUUGUGAACACGGUUUUAGGAUAAUUACCUAUGCUUUGUUUAUGUAAAGUUUGUGGUAAAUAAAUUGAUCGAAUCGUCUAUAGUUAGUAAUUACAAAGAGAUUAUUAAUGUGUUUGUGUAAUUACAAUUAUUUUUAUCUAUUUCAAAUUUUAUCUUUUUUAUUUUUUUUCUUUACCAACAACCAUAAGAAAGAUUUUGCCAUUUGGUUGUUUUUAACC